AUGGUUGCCACUAAGGACCUCGGCCUUGCAGGACUUGUCUGGCUCUGCCUCGCCGCUCAGGGACUCGCUCUUGGAGUUGAUGAAGCCACCAACGAUCUCACCCUUGUGGAGAGAGAUAUCGCCGAGGAGCUAAAUCUUCGCGACUUUGAUGACGCGAUUUAUGAGCGAGACUUUGAUGACGAACUCGACGAGCGCGAUUUGGAUGACGAACUUGAUGAGCGUGACCUUGAUGAUGAUCUCGAAGAGCGAGAUUUCGAUGACGAGCAUCUCGAGGUCCGCGGAGGUGCAAGCAUCAAUCUCAAAGAACAAAGAAUCACUGGCAUUAAAGCCAACAGGCCUAUUCCUCCCCCUCCCAAGGAGAUUGAUACAAAGGCAUACUGGGCUAGCAAGGGACGGAAACGGGGCCUCGGUGUUCGUGGAGGUGCCUCAAUCAACCUGAAGGAGCAGAGAAUUACGGGUAUCAAGGCUAACAGACCUAUUCCUCCACCUCCCAAGGAGAUUGAUACCAAGGCAUACUGGGCUAGCAAGGGGCGAAAGCGAAGUCUCAAUGCUCGUGGCGGUGCCUCAAUCAACCUCAAGGAGCAGAGAAUCACUGGCAUCAAAGCCAACAGACCUAUCCCUCCCCCUCCUAAGGAAAUCGAUACCAAGGCAUACUGGGCUAGCAAGGGAAGGAAGCGAGGUCUCAAUACUCGUGGGGGUGCCUCAAUCAACCUGAAGGAGCAGAGGAUUACGGGCAUCAAGGCCAACAGGCCUAUCCCUCCUCCUCCUAAGGAAAUCGAUACCAAGGCGUACUGGGCUAGCAAGGGACGGAAGCGGGGCCUUGGUGUUCGUGGAGGUGCCUCAAUCAACCUGAAGGAGCAGAGAAUCACUGGCAUCAAGAAGAACCGGCCUAUCCCUCCUCCUCCUAAGGAGAUUGACACCAAAGCAUACUGGGCUAGCAAGGGACGGGCAUAA